AACUCUCCCCGCUCCAUCUCUCUCUCUCUCAUAACUAUAUAUGUAAACUGCAGGUACAGUUGGAGAAGGAGUGUUGGUGUGAAUAAUAUCCAAAUUUGAAUCGGCAAAAUGUAUGUAACAGGAAUCGAAUUGAAUUUGUGAUCGAAAUUGCGUUUCUAGAAGGAGAAAACGAACAAACGGAUUGAUCUGAGGCGGUGUCAGCGGUUGUUGUACGUGGAUUGCACAUUUCAGUAGCUGUGUGUGUGUGUUUGUGAUUGGAUUCGAAUUUCGAUUGAUGAUCGUCGGCGAUCGCGAUCGGGAAUCGAAUGCGGCUAUUUGAGAAAGCUUACUCGGUGUGAUUUCGUGAUUGAAGCAGAGUAUUCUCGGCUUGAAUUUUGAAUUGCUGCUUGAAGAAUGCCAGAAAUAGCUAUGGUUCAUGAAGAUGAGAGGGGGAGAAGGUCAGAUCUUGAGAUUAUCCCUGAGGCUGACAAGAGACGUCGGCGGAUGAGAUCUCUGAGGAGGAAGGCCAUGGCUGGUUCCACAAGGGGCGCGAGUUCUCUGAAGAAACACAGUAGGCAAGUGUUGCAUUGCCAUUUCGCCUCGAUUUCAACGGAGGAGUUUCUCGAUGAGGAGGAAGAGAAGGCAGUGAAUGGAUUUCGUCAGGUUUUGAUUGAAAGAGACCUGCUUCCAGCGCGGCAAGAUGAUUACCAUACUUUGUUGAGAUUCUUGAAAGCUAGAAAGUUCGACCUUGACAAAACCCUUCAUAUGUGGGAAGAAAUGUUGAAGUGGAGGCAAGAGAAUGGAGUAGACUCUGUACUUCAGGAUUUUGUUUAUGAAGAACUUGAAGAAGUUCAGCUCUAUUAUCCUCAUGGUUACCAUGGAGUUGAUAAAGGAGGGCGGCCUUUGUACAUUGAAAGACUUGGCAAAGUUGAACCGAACAAGCUCAUGAGUGUUACAACAGUUGAUAGGUUCUUAAAGUAUCAUGUUCAAGGUUUUGAAAAAACUUUUGUACAAAAGUUCCCAGCAUGUUCUAUUGCAGCCAAGCGUCAUAUUGAUUCAACAACGACAAUUCUGGAUGUACAGGGCCUGAACUGGAUGAGUUUUGGGAAGGUUGCACAUGAACUAGUGAUGCGCAUGCAGAGAAUAGAUGGGAACAACUAUCCUGAGACAUUGCAUCAUAUGUACAUAGUUAAUGCUGGUGGUGGAUUCAAGUUUCUGUGGAAUGGGGCUAAAGGCCUUCUCGAUCCAAGGACUACAAUGAAAAUUACUGUUCUUGGGAGUAAAUAUCAAGAUAAGCUAUUGGAAGUGAUAGAUGCAAGUCAAUUGCCAGAUUUUCUUGGAGGUUCCUGCUCAUGCCGGAAUCAAGGUGGUUGUCUUAGAUCUGACAAGGGACCCUGGACAAAUCCACAAAUGAUGAAGCUGGUACACACAUUACUGAACAACGAGUCAGUUUAUCUGAGAAAGACUAGCUUUUCAGGCAAUGAUGAUUUUGAAACUAAGCUUAUUGACAAGGGCUUAAUUAGGGAUCUUUCUCCUGUUGGUUUCUCCGGGAGUGAUGCUUUUGAGAUGAAGCUGAUUGAUAUGAAGACUCAAGAAACAAUGUUGCAAGCAGAAACAUAUAAAGUAGGCGUUGGAGAUGAAAAUCAUUGUCCACCAAAAUUGACCACAUUGGCCCCAGAACAAAGGCCUCCCUUGAUCUCUUCUACCAAGGUGACAGAUGUACUGUUGAGAUUUCUAGCAUGCGUAUGCUUUUUGAUCGAGGGGCUAUUCAGGAUUCUUUUUAAGACGCAAAAUGCUGAGACGCUAAAAGAAAUCAAUCACACUACCCAGCUACCAAUUUCAAGUUCUCCGGAUGAACAAGACAUCUGUAGAAGUUCCGAGGGGCUUGUCCAUCCGUGUUGCCAGAAGUUGCAGCAUUUAGAGAAUUUGGUAAAUGAGCUUACAAAAAGACCAGCAAAAAUCCCACCAGAAAAGGAUGAAAUUUUGCUUGAAUCCAUGAACCGCAUCAAAUCCAUUGAGCUUGACUUGCAGAAGACCAGAAAGGCUCUCCUCGCCACAACAUCAAGACAAGUGGAACUGUCCGAGUCAUUGGAGAAUUUGAAGGAGAUCAACCUAAAGGCCAGUAGAAGCUGUUGGAUACGAAGCAGCAAGUCUCUACCUCGCUGAACCUAACAUUCAUUCACUAACACCGAAGAAGAGUUUUCCCCGUAAAUAUCCCUUAUACUUCCGUCCUUUCCCAACUCCGUGAGAUUUUUUUCUGUCCAAACUAACCGUUAUUCAUAUGCUCGGUGGAUCAACGGACUCGAGGUACUAAGCUUAACUGGCGUUGAUGAAUCCAGUUUUUGAUCCUGCUCCAUUUUUUAUCUGGAGCUGCAAGCUGUGAGCUGUGAAGAGAUUCCAAUUGAAAUAUGUGGAGAUACUAGUAUUACAAUACUGCUUCUUUCUUCAUUUAUCAUAGUUUGAAGUAGUAUUAAUUAGAAUAGUGGAAAUAUUUCAAGAAUAUAUUGCACUUACAUUUGAUUCUGGGCAUCUUUAUUUACUUUCUGAAGUUUUUCA